AUGCAUGAUGCAGGAGAAGCCGAUGGAGUCGGCUUGACCAGUACCAAGGAAGCCCUAAGGCUAUUAUUUGCAGACAAGCGCAUCUAUCUUUUUAUUUUGCUGCAGCAUGUCUCGCUCUUCUCGCAGAAUUUCCAAUGCUUCUUCCCAACUAUUGUACAGACACUUGGAUACGGAAAAGUCGAGACGCUCCCAAUAACUGCGCCCGUAUGGAUGGCUACUUUCCUUGUCUCGCUGUUGGUGACCUGGACAUCUGGUAAACUCAACAACCGCAGCCUACAUAUCAUCUGUUUGAUGAUAAUCAGUGUGGUAGGUGUCAUUGCCACUGUGACAACAAACUUUGGUGCCGAAUUCUUCGCCAUUUUUUUGAACGUUACCUAUCAUUCCAUUGUCGCCAAUCCCUUUCCCCGGCCGCUGGUCAAACGAUCUGCAGCAAUCGCUAUUGCGAAUAUGGUCGGAAAUACCGCUUCAAUCUAUGGCAGUUAUAUGUGGCCAUCCUCUUCAGGACCUCGAUAUAUUUCCGGAGGAAGCGCAACUGCUGCUAUAACUUUCUUAGUGACUUUGGUAGCUCUAGUUAUUCGCUUUGUCCAUGUUCAGAUGAAUCAAAGACGGGAUGAGACAGGGGUUAUCCAUUCCACUGCAACCGAUCUAGAAGCCCGGGCAGUUGGGGUCCGGUACAUUCUCUGA